GUUAAAAGACACACGCGCGCACACACAGAUACAUACGCAGAGUGAUUGAGCUGGUUCUUGCUGAGCGCAGAGCUCAUGGCUGUCCCUGGCUAAGACAUACGCAGAUGCACAUAGGAGAGAAACAUAACAAGAACAUCUCUAUAUGUACUGGGGGAAGCUCACCAGUCUCAUUAUGUAUCUGCUAGAUAAUGGUCUGACCAAUAAUUCUAGAGCAAGGAUGACGACUGUGGAACACAUUUUGGUCUUUCUGCUGAUUUUGAUCCCUUCAUGUUACAACAUGCAGACAGCACCUCGUAUCAUCACAUUAUUAGAGACAGUGGACAUUCUACUGGAUCACAAUGCCACCUUCAUCUGUGAGGUGGAGUCACACCCCCCUGCUGAGAUCACCUGGACCAAAAAUAAUCACCAAAUUAUGUACUAUGACACACGGUACCUUACCAAGGAAAAGGGUCAGAUGUUAAUCAUCCCACAUGUAAGAGAGUCAGACAAUGGGGAGUAUUGUUGCCUUGCCAGUAAUGGCAUUGGAGAACCUGCCAAGAGCUGUGGAGCGCUUCAGCUAAAGAUGAAGCCACAGAUCAAAAGGCAUCCCACCAAUCUAACACUACUGGUAGAAUCCAAAGCAGUGUUGCCCUGUGUUACCCUUGGCAACCCUAAACCAGAUGUCACGUGGCUCAAAGAUGAUGAGCUUAUCAAGGUCAAUGACCGUGUUACUAUUCUCGACUAUGGGGCAUUGAAAAUUCAUAACAUACAGAAAGAGGAUGCAGGACAGUACCGCUGUGUGGCCAGGAAUAGCUUUGGUUUGGCCUUUUCAAAGCCUGUCACCAUAGAAGUACAAGCUCCAGCACGCAUCUUGCGGGUUCCAAAGGACAAAAGGGUGGCGUAUGGCAGCCAGAUUUCCCUAGAAUGUAAUGCCACUGGAAAUCCAGUCCCAACCAUUACCUGGCUGGAAAACGGGAAUACUAUCUCCGGAGCCUCAGUAGAGGAGACAUUAGUGGGAGAGGUGAUACUCUCUGUUCUUAAGGUGACGGUGACUAAGCCAGCCCUAUAUACGUGCCUGGCUUCCAACAGACACAAUGCUGGAGCCAACACUGUCAAAGCAACUGCAAAAGUCACUGUUGCAGAGUGGAGAGAACACUGCCUGGCAGUGAAGGAGCUGUACUGCCAUAAGGCGUGGCUGAUAAUAGAAGGCAGCAGUUCAGUCCAGUCUGGACUCUUCAGCUCUCUCACCGGGUCCCAGGCUCCCGUUUCACUGCUGCCAAAAUGUCAGACCUUACCAAGUCUUUACACAGACCCUGAUGGUUGUACAUAUGUUCCUUUUGCAGACAUCAAGAAAGAUCUAAUUACAAGAACAUGUUACAAUGACCGAGGCUAUUUCUACCAGGGUAGUGUGAAUGUAACCAGGUCUGGGACACCAUGUCAACCAUGGAACCAACAGGUUCCCCACCAGCACCAUUUGUCAGUGGAUGUCAUUCCAGAGUUGAAGAAUUCAGGCAAUCACUGCAGGAACCCAGGAGGAAUCAGUGACAAGCCCUGGUGUUAUACCUUAAAUCCGAACAUACGCUGGGAGUACUGUGCUGUUCCACAGUGUGGGGAAACAAGCAUAGCAUCAGUAGUGAAGCCAGAGUCUAGAGACCCUCUCCAGACCCCUCGUUUCCCUCCCGUGACCACAACAUCAUCUCCAGCUUACUCAAUGUCUGUCAUCGUCGUUAUCCUGACUGCUCUUGCAACUGCAGUAUUUCUUGCCGUUAUCAUUCUUGGCUGCCGCAGAUGGAAGAAGCAACUGAGGAAUCGGAAGAGAAGAGUAAUAGAGACCCCGAUGUUGAACGCCCUUCCAUCAGAGCUAUUGCUCGAUCGACUCCACCCUAACCCCAUGUACCAGCGCGUUCCUCUGCUGCUGAACUCAAAACUGUUGGCCCUUGAGUAUCCCCGAAAUAAUAUUCAAUACGUCCGAGAUAUCGGGGAAGGAGCCUUUGGACGAGUUUUCCAAGCCAGAGCUCCAGGCCUGCUACCCAUGGAGUCUUUCACAAUGGUUGCUGUGAAGAUGUUGAAGGAGGAAGCUUCAGCUGACAUGCAGAAUGACUUCCAGAGAGAGGCAGCACUCAUGGCCGCAUUUGACCAUCCAAACAUAGUUCGACUCUUAGGUGUGUGUGCAGUGGGUAAACCAAUGUGUCUGAUGUUUGAGUAUAUGGCCCAUGGUGACCUCAACGAGUUCCUGCGCCGCAGAUCUCCAACCCAGUCAGUGCGCACCCUCAGUCGUGCUAGCUUGUCGGGUCGCAGUUUCUCCUCUGAGCUGGAGGCCGGGCUUCUCUCUUGUACAGAGCAGUUAUUGAUUUCCAAGCAGAUUGCUGCAGGAAUGGCAUACCUGUCUGAGCGCAAGUUUGUCCAUCGUGACCUGGCGACACGGAACUGCCUGGUUGGAGAGGAAAUGGUGGUAAAGAUUGCAGACUUUGGCCUCUCCAGAAACAUCUACUCAGCUGAUUACUACAAAGCCAAUGAAAAUGAUGCCAUCCCCAUUCGCUGGAUGCCUCCAGAGUCUAUAUUCUACAAUCGCUAUACUACAGAGUCAGAUGUCUGGGCCUAUGGUGUGGUGUUAUGGGAGAUCUUCUCCCAUGGGAUGCAGCCAUAUUAUGGUAUGGGUCAUGAGGAGGUUAUUUACUAUGUGAGGGAUGGUCACAUCCUUUCCUGUCCUGAGAACUGUCCUUUGGAGCUCUAUAAUCUGAUGAGACUCUGUUGGAGUACACACCCAUCAGACAGGCCCGGCUUCAGUAGCAUACAUCGGAUACUAGAACGUAUGCAUCAAAACAGACUAAGCAUGAAUGCUCACACUGAAGCUGAUGCUGACUGUUAACUGGUUUUCCCUGUACAAAAGGCAUUGAUUUGCUGUUUUAAUGAUUUAAUGAAUACUUACAUUGGGCCCAAGCACUCAGUGCUGGGGAAAAAUUAUUUGUCUCCUUCAUGAUUUCUUAUUUUAUUUUAUUUACUUUAUUUAAUUUCAUUUUUGCAUAUUUGUUAUACUUACAUAUUUCACUUGAUCAACCACAUUUUAAUUUUAAAUAGAAAUAGCCAAAGCAUGCAGUUUUUAAAUGAUGCUUUAAUUUAUUAAGCAGAAAAUGCUAUCCAAACCUGCAUGGCCCUAUGUAAAAAAGUAAUUGCCCCCUAAACCUAAUAACUGGUUGCACCACCUUUGGCUGCAAGAACUUGUACGACACUGUGGAGGAAUUUUUUGCCCACUUUUCUUUGCAGAACUUAAUUUACUGGAAGGUUUUCUAGUAUGAGCAGUCUAAGGCAAUCCUAUACCACUCCAAAACCUUCGUUCUAUGUGCUCUCAGUGGGCUGGCCACUCUUAGUAAGUGUCAGGACAAGUUUUCUUUAUUUGUGGAUAAUGGCUUUAACUGUGAUUUGCUGGAGUCCCAAAGCCUUAGAAAUCCCUUUUUAACUCUUUCCACUCUUUUCAGUGAAUUUGUUCACAUUUUUUCUUGGGUUUCUUGAGAUCAAGGUAUGAAUUAUUUCAUUUUAAGGACUUAUAGCCUAUUUCAUUUAGUCAAACAGGUUCUAGUUAAGUUUUUUUUUAAUUUUUUUUUAUUUAACAUGUCUGGUGUGAUCCAGCCAGACCACAACAUAAAGGUGACCCAUCCUAAUCAAACUUCAAGCAGCCACAUCACACAGAUGGUACAAUUUUACAAUGAUUUUUAAAUGUUUUUAAUAAUAUGUUAUUUCUUUAGGAUGGAACACUAAUAAGGAGCUGAGUGUAACUUCAUGGUGGCCUUUAUACCAAAACAACAAACAAAAAGAAACAAUCUGAAAUAUUUAUCAAACUUACCUAAGAAAAAAAAAAAUAACCAAAUUGCAAUAGCUGA